AUAAAUAUCUUGGAUAUGAACGGUGAAUUCCAACAAUGACCAAAACAGAUGACUUGGAAGGCCAUGUGUAUCCACACAUUCCUUUUAAAAACAACUCAUACCUCUACAAAUACUUGCUCACAAACAAAGCUUAUCACAACAAACUCUUCACCACCUUCCAUACUUUCUCACAUUUUUCACAAAAAUGGCUGAGCUCUCUGUACUUCCUGUCAAAAUCGGGAUUCUUGGGUGCGCGGAGAUAGCCCGGAAGCUGUCUCGGGCUAUCCAUUUGGUUCCUGAAGAUGUUUGUAUUUCGGCCAUUGGGAGCCGGUCUGAGAGCAAGGCUAUUCAGUUUGCUGCUGCCAAUGGGUUUCCUGUGAGUGCUAAAGUGUAUGGGAGUUAUGAUGCUGUCCUGGAAGAUCCUGAUGUCGACGCGAUCUACAUGCCUCUCCCCACCAGUCUGCAUCUCAAGUGGGCUGUUCUGGCUGCUCAGAAGCAGAAGCAUUUGCUGGUGGAGAAGCCUGUGGCAAUGCAUGUGGAUGAGCUUGACGCGAUCCUCGAGGCGUGUGAUGAUAAUGGAGUGCAGUACAUGGAUGGCACCAUGCUGCAGCAUCAUCCCAGGUCGGCCAAGAUGAGGGAAUAUCUGGAUGAUGCAGAGCACUUUGGUCAACUCAGAUCAAUCAUCAGCUGCUUCACUUUUGCUGCUAGCCCGGAUUAUCUUGCCAACAAUAUUCGAACAAAACCAGAUCUUGAUGGUCUUGGUGCUCUUGGCGAUAUCGGGUGGCACUGCAUCAGAUCAAUCUUGUGGGCAGCUGAUUUCGAGCUGCCUAAAUUCGCCAUCGCCUUGCCAGGGCCUGUUCUCAACAAAGCAGGGGUGAUUAUAUCCUGCGGUGCUUCUUUACACUGGGAAGACGGAAAAACAGCAACACUCCACUGCUCUUUCCUGGAAAACCUGACCAUGGAUGUUACUCUGGUUGGAACCAAGGGAACUCUGCAUAUGCAUGACUUCAAUAUUCCUUUCGAGGAGAGCAGAGCUACAUUCUCUACCGGUACCAAGUUGGGGUUCAAUGAUCUGUCGACUGGCUGGUCACUGAAGCACACCGAGCAUACUGUCACGGCAGAUCUUCCUCAGGAAUGUCUGAUGCUCAAGGAGUUUUCGAGGUUGGUGGCUAACAUCAAAAGCAAUGGGGCAAAGCCGGAGAAGAAGUGGGCAACCUAUAGUAGAAAGACACAACUGACAAUGGACGCGAUCAAAGAAUCUGUCUACAAUGGCUUCCAGAAAGUCGAAAUUGCUGGUUGAUUACCGGAUUAGUAGUCUGUGAUAGAACCCCGGGGCAUCCAGUGCCCGGGAAGGUUGAGUUAGUCGUUUAAUAAAAAGUGUAUGGACCUGCUGUGGCUGGCAAUAGUUUCUGAACAAUCUAAACCCUCCCUCUGGGCUAGAUGUUGAAUAAAUUUGUCUUUGUUUUGUGA